CAUCUACUGCGUGCGGUCCAAGCGGUCCUGACCUAGCUGAGCUUAUUCGAAGAUUUCAUCAUCCCGAAAAGCAGCCUCAGGCUUUCCCAGAGAAUUGGAAGGGACUUCUCCCCCCACCCUCGGAACCACCCGCAGCAAACUGCAAGGAAGUUUCCUCCUCUUUCAACUUCCCGUGGUUGGUGUGAGGGGGGGGGAAUGACUUUUCCCUGAGCAUCACUUGCAACUGCGUCUGGGCAAGGGAAGAGACAUCAGCCUGGCUACCCAGCAGGACGGAAGCCAGGGCCCCACACUGCCCACUGUGCAUUGACUGACUGCGCGUGAGUCACUCCGACUGUGACUUAAUUCACUCCCGGGAGCCACGCGGAGCGGCAGCGUGGAUGAAGUCGGCCUGCAAACCCCACGGCUCUCCGGCGGGAGCGCGCGGCGCGCCUCCGUGCGCGGCUGCGGCCGAGCGCGCGCUCCCGUGCACGGGGCCCGGGCGGCUGGAGAGCGCGGCGCGCAGGCGCCUGGCGGCCAACGCGCGCGAGCGGCGCCGCAUGCAAGGGCUGAACACGGCGUUCGACCGGCUGCGCAGGGUGGUGCCGCAGUGGGGCCAGGACAAGAAGCUGUCCAAGUACGAGACGCUGCAGAUGGCGCUCAGCUACAUCGUGGCGCUCACGCGCAUCCUGGCCGAGGCCGAACGGGACUGGGUCGGGCUGCGCUGCGAGCAGCGGGGUCGAGACCAGCCCUACCUCCCGUUCCCGGGUGCCAGGCUGCAGGCAGAGUCGGAGCCCUACGGCCAGAGGCUCUUCGGCUUCCAGCCCGAGCCCUUCCCCAUGGCCAGCUAAGCUGCAGGGUUUUUUAGAGUGGCCUAUGAGUCUUAGGGAGAAAAAUUAGUCACCUUUAAGGUUAAUGUCCUUCGCCUUUCAGACCCGUGGAUGAAAUAAUUUCAUUGCCCUCCUUCCUCCGCUUUUCUUGCGUUUUGUAGAUUUCGUGAAUAGACCUUGUGAAUGACUUGGGGCUGCUGUGAAAAUAAUUGCCCUACCGCUUUUAGUUUAAGACAUGGGGCUGGAGUCUAGCUGAGUUGGUCGAGUGCUUGCCUAGCAUGCACCAAGCUGUGGGUUCGAGCCCAGCACCUAACGGGCAGAAAGAGGUUGGUAAUCACGCCUGUAAUCCUAGCAGAGAGAGGGCGGUGAUCACACCUGUAAUCCUAGCAUUAUUCGGGAGGGGGAGGGAAUAUAUAUGGGGCCCUGUCUCAAGGGGAAAACAAUCCUUUAUUGAUUGGAAUUGGGUUGCAUUAGGCUGGUACUGAGUCAUGGGACAAAUGGCUUCUUAAGCUCUGCAAGUUUGUUCUGAUCGGGUGGAGUUAUGUUGGGUGUCUCGUGUAUGUUCAGAACAGCUACCCUGUCGUGUAAAUGCAUUUAUGCUCCGUGUAUUGUGUGUGCAUGUGGUAGGUGGAGCCAGGCUUUUAUUUUUCAGGGGGGAGGGGCCUGGUAGAGUACUUGGACAUGAGCGCUCUGUAUUUUUUUA